UCUGGCGGUUGAGCUCGGGAGGAUUGCUUGCCUGUGUGCCCGCUUCUUCCUUCUAACGAUUUCUGUCGCUUGUGGCGUAGAUGGAGCUGGAUCUGGAUGGCGCCCAUGGUGAGUGAUCGCAUCUCUCCUUUGCUUGCUUGAUUGUUUUGCUGUGGAGCUUGGUUUUUCUUGCUUGGGUGCUCUCUUUCUCCUCUUUGCCGCAAGAAGGCGAAGAGCUCGACUAGAUUUCCCACGCCUCCAGCAGCCCACCGGACAAAGUCCGGCCCGACCUGGGGACAUCCUGGCUCGGGCGUUUUCCUUUGGAGGCGGCGCCUCCAAAUGGGACUCGUGGGUAAUUUGCAAGAGGGGGCUGCCGCGCUGGUGGAGGUACUCGGCGAGCGCCUCUACCAGGCUACCGUGGCGGCCUCCACAAAUGUCCAAAAAUCUAAAGAAGCCUGCUCUUUUGUUGUUCUUACAAGGUCUCUCUUCUCCAAGUCCAAGAAAACGGAUCUCUACUCCACGAUGAAGUGCUGGGGAUUCAAGCCAAAUGCCUUGAAGGCUUGUGCCGCUCUGGCAGCUCUCUCUCGAGGAUGGAUUGCUUGGAUCGGGCCAACGGCGGUGUAUUGGACCAAACCUCUUCGUCUCGUAGAAAUGUCCCAAGUUGGUGAUGGGGAGCGGCUCUCGAGGCUUUGUGAGAACUUUCACCUUCCAGGAUCCCCAGACCGAAAACAAUCCAUAUCACAGGUUCAUCUACACGUCCUUCCAGGAGCGAGCCACUGCCAUCUCUCACGGCAACACUGCUCGCCACGCCAAGGAGCACGGAGACCACAAGCUCGCGACUGUUUGCGGCCUCAUCGCAUCCAACGAAAAGCGGCACGAGAAUGCUUGCACCAGGAUCGUGGAGAAGCUGUUUGAGAUCGAUCCGGAGGGCGCAAUGCUGGGGCUGGAGGACAUGAUGAGGAAGAUCUCCAUGCCGGCUCAUCUCAUGUACAACGGUUAGGACAAGAACCUGUUUGAGCACUUCUCUUUGGUGGCACA